AUGGAGCUUUUGGAACUGCUGAACAGAAGUAUCAUCUUGGACGUGCAAUGGAAUUGUCACGUCGAAAACAAAAAUGAGAUCACCACUAGUAAUUCAGAAUGGGAAGACAUCGACACUAGUAAGCAUCCAUUUCCUUCGGAAAUUUGGGAAAUUAGACCUACAUGGGAAGUGGUACUAAAGAUUCUAAGUGUUUUACCAAUCGUCGUUAUUGGGUCUUUAGCUAACAGUGGUCUGAUUUACGUGGUGGUCAAAGAGAAAUCUCUGCGGACUACCACAAAUCUUCUGAUCGUGAAUAUGUGUAUCGCGGACUUGGGAACUUGUUUAAUAUGCCCAUGGAUGUUCCUCUGCAUCGAUCUAUUCCAGAACUACAUUUUGGGAGCAGUUGGCUGCCGACUGGAUGGAUCAUUGGUGCAUGCUCUGACAUUGGUAGCUGUUUUCAAUUUAAGUGCAAUCAGCUAUGAUCGAGUGUCUGCCAUUGUCUUUAAUUGUUCGGGAAAGCUAACGAGAAAAAUGACUCAUGUACUGCUCGUUGCUACUUGGAUUGCGGGGAUAGCUGUUGCGAUUCCUUUGAUAUACUUCCGACGUUAUUAUGAAAGACAAUGGAAGAAUUAUUUAGAAACUUAUUGCACUGAAGACACAGCGUUGGUUUACCCAUACUGGCAUAUCUUUGCAGGCUUAAGUGUUUGGGCGCCAUUGGGUAUCAUGGCAAUAUGUUAUUCGGCUAUUCUUAUCAAAUUAGAUCGCUACGAAUCACAAGCAUUGAGAAGUAAAUAUCCUAUAGUUGUGAAGUAUAAAGGAAGAGUAGCGCAAGUAUUGGCACUUAUAGUGUUGGCAUUUAUAAUAUGUCGCGUGCCGUUUACUGCGCUGAUAAUCAGAAGGGCUCAAUUGCUGCAAGCAACUCCUAAACCGGGACAAGCAGAAUCCAUGUAUCCGCUGUGGUACGUGAGUAGAUACCUGGUGCUGGUCAACGCAGUGAUAAAUCCUUUAUUGUACGGCUGCAGUAGUAGUUCAUUGAGGAAAGAACUCGCAUUGUGUCCUGCUACAUCCUGGCUCAUCCGCAAGAAAAGGGAGCAGGAGUCGAAACCGUGCAGUGUUUCGCAGUUGCAAUCGGACCGCUUCCAUUGUUUAAGACCGCGGUCUCCUUGUAUAAGAGUGAACUAUAAUGAGAGAGGUACAAUACCAAAUAUUUCAUCUACAGUCACUGGAACAAAUUUAAACCCAAAUCCAAUUUAA